AUGUCGUCCGAGUCCUCGGAGGAGCUGGCCGUCAUCCGGGCGGCGCGCAUGGGCAGCGCAGCCGCACCACGCCGUUAUCACCCCGCGCCGCCAGCCGUCGUCGACGACCCCAUGAUCGGCGGGCCGGUGAUCGUCGGGCGCGAGAGGGGAGGCAGCUCGGGAGGCCACGCCACCACGGUGCUUUACUUUCUGACAGCGAGCGCCAUCUUCGUGUCCGUCGUCUCGCUCCUGGUCGGCCUGAUGCCGUGGCGCCUGUUCGGCCUGGGAGGUUCGAGGGACCUGUACGGAGGCCAGUCGCUGGCCGCUGACGACAGGGACGCCGACGGGAAGGCCCCCGCCGUCAUCAGGCCCUACCGACACCCUGGACACGACGGCGACGGCGAGACGCGCGUGUGCGCCACGGUGGCCUGCGAGAAAGAAGGCAGCGCGCUGUUCCGCCAGCUCGAGUUUCACCAGGAGCCCUGCGACGACUUCUACGCGUACGUCUGCAAGCGCUGGGAGACGGCGCACAAGCUGCCCUACGGCGCGGCUCGUCUCUCCAUCGACGACACGUUGCUGGACGAGUACGAGCUCAUGCUGGCCGACAUAAUCCAGCGGGGCCGGCCGGGCUACGAGGCCGUCAAAGACAUCUUCCUGCGCUGCGAGUACCCGCGCAAGGGCGACACUCACUGGCUUGACGUGCUGGCCAAGAUGGGCCUUCGGCCGUUCCCGGUGGUGCUGAAGCCCGGCACCACGCUCGACCAGGUCGUCAAGGACCUGAUGACUAUCGGAAUCCAGCCGCUGUUCAGCCUCUCGGUGGAGCGCAGCGUUGAGAACCCGGAGCAAUCUUACCUUCUCAUUGGACAACCGGCGCUUCUCAUGGGGCCACUGCGACUCGGUCUGGACAUUGAGUACUCCUACCUCGACGAUGCCCUGUCUGGCUUCAUCAGUGAGAUAUCAGAGCUGAACCACACUGCCCGCAGCAACGUGCUCAAGGUGGAGCGCUUUCUAUCGGCGUCAAUGGAUCGGCACCAGAUCGAAGGAUCUGGUCUCAACGACGAGCUUGUCGACGUGACCGAACAGUUUCCGAAGCUCGCUAAACGAAUCCGAACUAUAGUCGCCGAUGCCUUUGGCACAGACUUGUCGAAGAGGCCACUCAAGACCUACUCGCUGAAGUACCUGCACGCCUUGGAGUCCGGCGACUUGACCGCCAACAUCGGAGAGUACUUAAACUACCUCGCCUUCCGCACGGCUGUCGAGAUUGCCGCCGACAAUGAGAUCGACCUCGGCGACCUUAUGGCCGUCUCCUACUCCCGGUACGCUGGCUACCCCGCUCCGAGACCCAUCACGCGUCGCAGACUGUGCAUCCGGAUGAUGAACCGAUUCGAACCGACUCUCAUUAUGCACAUGAGCAUGGACACGACCGCUACGAGACUGGGAGGAAAGGCUUCUUUCAACUCGCUCCUCGAUCUCCUGGAGACCGUACUCAACGAAACGCUGUACGCUCAGACGGAGUUCGAUAAGGAUUUCCGGGACAGCCUAGUCGAGUCCGUGGCAGCGAUUAACUGGGAGCCGAUCGUUCCGGAUGCGGUAACAUCGCACAACGAACUGUUCCGGCGCCUGGUGUCAAUUUACGAGACCGCUUCCGGUAGCAAGAGGGUCAUCGAGAGCUACAUGGCACUGUCUACCAUGUUCCGGUACCGAGACUUCGCCCAAAAGGAUUUGGACAAGUGGGUAGGCUGGCGCGGUGGCAUGCUGAGCACGUACGCCCACCUCGACGCCCCGUUCCUCAAGCUGGAAGUUCCUUUUCCGGUCUUCGACUUCCUUCGUGACCCGGACGCGUCGAUGGAACGCUUCCAGAUUCCGCGGGUCGGCGUCCGAGUCUUCUACGCACUCUACCACGGCAUCUACCACCUGGCCUACAACUACGGUGCCGGAAAGAAGCCGACCCACUUCGUGGCAAAGUUGCACGCGCUCAUGGACUGUCUGGGCAGGCAGUACGGCAAGCUGCGCUGGACCGAGUCCCGUCGACGCAUCGGUCGCAACUCUUACUACUCCAACCUCCUGGACUUCUUGGCGUUGGAGCCGACGUACCAGGCCUUCUUGCGCUACGCCGACCGAGCCAGCCGGGAUGAACGGCUGCCCAAGCUCGAGAAUCUGACUCCCCGGCAGCUGUUCUUCGUCGAGUACGCGCGCAACUUCUGCGAGGUGAACAACGCCACUUUUCUUGACCGAGUGCUGGACGAGGGCGCGAAGGCUCCGGGCUGGUACAGGGUGAACGGGCCCCUGCGCAACUUCAGGCCGUUCGCCGAUGCGUUCAUGUGCAAGCCCAACUCGUUCAUGAAUCCGUUGCACCGGUGCGCUCUCAAGUAG